AUGUCUGCCCCUCCGCCAGCUCUCCUCGACCCCUCCAUCUUCGCCUCCCUCGAAGCCAAGCUCGAGGAAGAAACUCAGAUCCGCGACACGCUCUCACAGCUCAUCCAGCGGCUGGAUCGGGUCGUGGCCACGGCUCAGGGCCUUCUCUCACGAGUCCACUCAACGCCUCGCUCACGCUACCCUCAGCUAGUCUCUCAAGUCGAGGCCGCCGUCAAAGAAGAAGCCGCCAUCAUCAGCGAGCUCAACACCGUCGCCUCCCAGCACCCUUACUACAAGUUCGCUCUCCCUCCCUCUCCCCCUCUCUCUCUUCACAAUGAACCACCAAAAUUAACUCCCCCUUCUUCCAGAUACAACCAGAAAUGGUCGCGCUCAAUGCAGCACGCCAUCGGCACAGUCAUCUACACUGCCUGGCUAGGCGGCUUCCCAUCCCAAACCUCCGAAUCCGAAUCCUCACCCUCCGCUGAAAUCGGCCGCCUCCUCACCCUCGAAGAAGUCGGCACAAUCUUCUCCAUCCCAACCAACCUCAAAGACCGCGACGCUUUCCACAUCACCAUCGAAGAAUACCUCCUCUCCCUCGUCGACCUCACCCAGGACCUCUCCCGCCUCGCCACAAACGCAGUCACCCUCGGCGACUUCCAGCUGCCCCUCACCAUCAGCGCCUUCGUCAAGGACCUCUUUGCCGGGUUUCAGCUGCUCAACCUCAAAAACGACAUCAUCCGCAAGCGCGCAGACGGCGUAAAGUACGAGGUCAAGAGGGUCGAGGACAUUGUCUACGACUUGAGCCUCAGGGGCUUGGUGCAGAGGCCUGGGGCCGCGGGGGAUACGGAGAUGGAGGCUGCUGAGUAA